AUCUAUAUCUAAAUCUGGGGAUAUCCAGGUAUCUUCGGGCAGGAUUGCUAUCGUUGAUUCCGUUCGGUCGCUGGAGAGUCAUGUUGUUGGAUACAAAACCCACUCAUGCAUGCGCAUGGCUGACGUUUCAACAAAGAUCCAUGUACUGUUAGGGAGUGAAGUUUCCGGUGCUGGCUGUGCUCUCUUGAUUUUAUUUAUUUAUUUCUUUGGUUCCAUCUCUCUCCUGUUUUGUCACUCUCUGACUUUGUUUGUGUUCGUGGGCAAUCUCUGGUGCCAAACCUCGCCGCAAGCAAUCAAUCGUUGCAUAGCUUGGUCUGACAUCACCAAACACGGUGCCCGCGAAUAGCCGAGCUGCCUCACCGUCCGUUAGCAACUGGGAAAUACCCAGAACCACACACGCCAGUCGCACAUAGAGUUUGGCGACAGCGCCCAUCUUCAUCACCUUUUCUCGCCAUUCUCGACUUUUUGACUUUUUGGCCCCGCGCUGAGAGGAGACUGUGACGUGGCGUUCGAGCGACGGUGGUGUGUGUUGACGGGCAAAGGAAAAAAAAAAAAGAAAAGGACAGCGGGAGCUUAAAAAGGCAAUUCCUAUGACUCUCCAAACAAACGGCCUCGGCAGAAGCGGCAGCGACGCGGUGCCGACGGUGGCGUCGGCACGCCGCGAGGAAGGGGCGCACAAGCUCCUCCUGGGAACCUUCAUCCACAGCCAAUCGCUGGGCGAGCUGCGGUACAGGCACGGGGCCGCCGUCGCCGUCUCGCGCGAGGGCAAGAUCGCUGCGGUCGAGGAGGACUGCGACCGCUCGAGGGCCGAGGCGGAGCUGCUGCCGCGGCUAGGUUGGGCCCUCGACGAUGUCGUCGUCGUUGCUGCCAAGGACGGGCAGUUUUUUUUCCCGGGCUUUAUAGAUACGCACCUGCACGCGUCGCAGUACCCCAACGUGGGCAUCUUUGGCAAAUCGACGCUCCUGGACUGGCUGCACAAGUACACGUUCCCGAUGGAGGCGUCGCUGGCGGACCCGGCGCGGGCGCGGCGCGUGUACGGGCGGUGCGUGCGCAAGACGCUGAGCCACGGCACGACGUGCGCGGCCUACUACGCGACCGUGGACGUGGCGUCGACCAACCUGCUGGCCGACAUCUGCCUGGCCGCGGGCCAGCGCGCGCUCGUGGGGCGCGUCUGCAUGGACUCGGACCUGCAGCCGUCCUGGUACCGCGACGAGGGCUGGGAGGCCGGGCUGCGGGCCACCAAGGAGUGUAUUGGGCACGUCGAGCGCGUCGACCCGGGCUUCGCGACGGUGAGGCCCGUCAUCACGCCCCGAUUCGCGCCCAGCUGCUCGGCCGAGAUGAUGAAGGCCCUCGGGGAGCUGCACGCCGAGACGGGCCUGCCGGUGCAGACGCACGUGAGCGAGAACGCGGCCGAGAUUGAGCUGGUCAAGGAGCUGUUUUGCGGCGGGUUCAAGCGCUGCGAUGCCGCGGCGGAGGCGGAGGGGAAGGAGGACGUGCUCGGGUCGACGUACACGGGGGUGUACGAGCGCUACGGGCUGCUGACGGACAAGACGAUCCUGGCGCACGCGGUGCACCUGUCCGAGGGCGAGGCGGACCUGAUCGCGGCCCGGGGCGCAAAGGUGAGCCACUGCCCGUGCAGCAACAGCUCCAUCACGUCCGGGGCCGCGCGCGUGCGGUGGCUGCUCUCGCGCGGCGUCGAGGUCGGCCUGGGCACCGACAUGAGCGGCGGCUACUCGCCCUCGGUGCUCGAGGCGGCCCGGCAGGCCCUGCUCGUCAGCCGGCACGUGGCCAUGACGGGUGGCGGCGACGCGGCAAAGUUGUCGGUCGAGGAGGUGCUGCACCUCGCCACGGCGGGCGGCGCCCGGUGCGUGGGGCUCGAGGGGCGAGUCGGCGCCUUCGAGGUGGGGUUCGACUGGGACGCGCAGCUGGUCGGGCUCGGCGGCGUGGGCGACGACGGGGAGGACGAGGAGGGCGGCGAGGCCGAGGCGGGGGGAAACGUCGACGUGUUUGGGUGGGAGACGUGGGAGGACCGGGUGGCCAAGUGGCUGUUCAACGGCGACGACCGCAAUACCAAGAUGGUGUGGGUGCGUGGGAGGCUUGUUCACCAGAGGAAGUGAUGGAAUCUCCUUGCUGCUUGUCACGUUCUAUCUAGACCCUGUGUUGCGGUGGGAAUAGUCUGAGCACACGCUUUGGGCUUUUUCUCCCUUCUUUGCUUCUGCUAUCCACAUUUGCCCUACCUUGUUCCGUCUUGUUCGAAUACUUCAGCAAGUUUGCCAUCCCCCAGUCGAACUACCAGUACUGCAAAAAAUGUCACGAAAGGAUAUGGGCAAUGGCCAAGCUACGGUCACGCAAGACAAGGAAGAUUUCGAUCGUCCCAUCUUUCGAGCUAAAUUAAA